ACCAAAAGUUAUCCAAAUACAAGUUAAGAAUCAUCAUAUCAUAGAACAAAGAUAACAGAACUCGGUCAUCUUCACAUCUCCUAAUGCACCACAUUCUUUCUUGCUAUGUUUGAGAUGGCUGCCAUUAACACUUGUCUCCUCUCUCCAAAUAUAAUUUCCGGUUCUCCCAUUUCUAGAUCCCCGAGCAAAAGCAUAUCCAUAUUUCCUCCUCCUCUCUGCAGUCCCCUCCACUACAGUAGCUUAACAAGAAAUAUUACAUUGCCAGGGGUAGCUUCAAUAUCUUACCCACACAUCAACACGGAAUACUUGGAAAGUGAGUUCAGUGGACAUGGAGUCACCUUCACAGGGGUUAAUGACAGCUGUGUUGUCCGCAUGGCAUUGGAGAAUGGAAGUAUAGCUAACUUGAUGCUUCCAAGUGGUUUGAUCACAUCAUACAAAGCUCAAAUGUGGCAUGGAGGCACAAUGGAGUUGCUGCAUACCACUGUCUCAGAAGGACAGAAUGGUUUAGCUAUCAUUGAAGGAGGAGUUUCACUCACCUGCAAUUGCGAGAACGAUGAAGGUUUCUCAUGGUCGCCAAGUUCUUGGGCUCUUCAUCAAGUUAAAGGAGAUCCUCAAGGAUAUAUUCAGGUGGAAUUGAUUUGCACAAGUUCAGAUGGAAACAUUGAAGCUAAAUAUAUGGUUACUCUGCAACAAGAUCUUUUAACUUCAGAGAUUAAAAUCUUUAAUUUAGGUAUGGCAAGCCUCCGGAUGAUGGGUUCGGUUCUUAGCCAUCUGACAGUAAGCACACCAGAAGCAAGCUAUGCAGUGGGACUGCAAGGCUCAGAUUUCUUCAGCAACCCUCCAUUUUUAGCUAACUUCAGUAUUAUUCCUCCUGCCUUUGGGAAGAUGAAAAAUCAGCCUUCUAAGAGAUCUUUUGGGGAAAUAUUCUCAAGCUGGGGUACAAAAAAUCAAAGCCCAGAGAAAAUUGCAAGAGACACAGAAAAAGAGUUGGAGGGUGAAGAAACAGACAACUACAAGCAUUUGACUGAUGAAAUGAGCAAAAUUUAUAAAAGUGCUCCUAGGAACUUCACACUCAUUGAUCGGGGAAGACGAAACUCAGUGGUAGUAGGACGGGACGGGUUCAAAGAAGUGUACUUGCUGAGUCCUGGCUCAAGACAUGAAAGUUAUGGAAGAUACUCAUACAUAUGUGUUGGGCAAGCCGCUUUGCUUCAACCAAUAAUCAUAGAAUCUCAGAGAGAAUGGAGAGGUAAACAAAGUUUGCAUAACCCAAAUAUGUGAAGUUCUGAACCAGCAAACCAAGCCGAUCAACAUGUUUACAGAAUAGAGUUUCUUAUAGCAAAUCAAGAGAUGGCAACAUCAUUAGAACACAGAAACCAUAAAUCAAGCAGAUACACUUGAUUUAACUUGAAAGAGUGAUCUGAUGUGGAUAUUAAGCUAUAAAUCCUAUGAAGAACUAUUUGAUUGUUAGAAAGAGAGGUCUGUUGUGGAUAUUAGCUAUAAAUAAUGUUUGGUUGUUUUAAAACAUAGGUCUGUCUGUCCUGUUGCCCAUGUUUUACCUGAUUGACUCAAGUAAAGCUUACAAAUAUUAUUUUAUUCA